AUGACCGACAAAGCAGCCGAUUGGGCGCUCCCCAUCAUUGGGUCCAUCAUCAAGGGCGAGGGCAACCCCCCAACCACUAUCCAGGCCUUAACGGCAAAAUUCAAGGAAACCUUUGCCGACCCAGAUGCCAAGCGGGCCGCGGCCAGAAAAAUUGCCGCCCUCUCCCAAACCACAACCACCUCCAAGUACGUCACGGAGUUCCGCAAUUUAAUGGCGGAAUUAGACUGGAACAAGGAAGCCUACAUUGCGCAGUUCACGCAGGGCCUCCACUGGAAGGUCAAGGAAUUACUGUCAACCAAAGAUAGUAUUCCUGACAAACUUGAGGCAAUUUUCGCGGCCUCUAUCAAAAUUGACAAUAUCCGCCGCAAAAAUGAGGAAAAUCGGCCAAAGAAGGCCCCCGCAAAGUCCCCGGUCACCGCGACCACAUCUACCUCCACUACCACAACAAGAGUCCGCCUAUCUGAGGACCCUAACUAUGUCACCCCGGAGGAACGGGACCGUCGCCGCGCGUCUGGCCUUUUGCGUCAAGUGCGGCCAAAAGGGGCACGGCAUCAAACAAUGCCCAAAUGGUUGGAAGGCCACUCCCAAGGAAACCGCCAAGGUGGCCCAGGACGAGUUGGAAAAAGAGUAAGGCCAAGAGCUACCGUCAAGCCCUUGGUCUCCUAUUUAGAAUUGCAUAUAUCUGUUUCGGAAUUUGUAAAUAUUGCAAUGGACUCAAACAAAAAGCCUCUACUCUUCCUAGACAUGAUACUGCGUGACUAUCCGACGGACCCUAUCAAAACUCUCAUUGACUCUGGCGCUACCUCCAAUUUUAUAUCCCCCACGCUAGUAGAAAAACUGAAAAUCCCAAAAACCCUACUCGAAAAUCCACGAGUAGUGAGGAUGUUAGAUGGUACCAUUUCUCAGACUGGUCGCAUAUGGCACCAGGUUCAACUCGCGGUCUCGGCCAAUGGCCAUUUCCACCACAUUCCCUUUCUUGUUUGCCCUAUCGGCAGCACCCCGGCAAUUUUAGGCAUGACUUGGUUAACGGCAGAAGCUCCUCUUAUUGACUGGCAGCAGGGAUUAGUUACAUUCCCUGAACAGGUACAGAUUGCCUCCGAGGAAGAAGCAGACCCAGACCCUCUAGCAGAUCUCCCCCUCAAUACCAUGAGUUUGCUAGGGGAGUAUGAUAUAUCCAUAGACCUUGUCCCAGACGCCAAAUUAUCCCCAGGUCCCAUAUAUGGCAUGACGGAUGCGGAAUCCAAGGCACUUAAACAACACAUUGAUGAAGAACUAGCCACGGGCAAGAUCCGCCCCAGUACCUCAUCUGCCGGAGCCCCUGUCAUGUUUGUCAAGAAGGCUGAUGGUUCCCUUAGGCUUGUCGUGGAUUACAGAAAACUCAACGAAGUAACCCACAAAAAUGUCUACCCUCUCCCCAGGCAGGAUGAUCUCAUGGCCAAAUUACGGAAUGCCAAACUAUUCACAAAGCUCGACCUACGCUGGGGUUAUAACAACGUCAGGAUCAAAGAAGGAGAUGAGUGGAAGACGGCAUUCAGGACUAAAUAUGGGCUUUUUGAAUACCUAGUGAUGCCUUUUGGCCUUACCAACGCCCCAGCCGCCUUCCAACAUUUCAUGAAUGAUUUGUUUAGGGAUCUAAUUGACGUCACAGUGGUCAUUUACCUGGAUGACAUUUUGAUCUUUUCGGAAAAUCCAGAGGAGCACCCUAAUCAUGUCAGGGAAGUCUUGUCGAGGCUCAUGAAAAACCAGCUAUUCUGUAAAUUGUCAAAAUGCCACUUCCACGUCACCACAGUGGAUUAUCUAGGAAUUGUUAUUUCACCAGCAGGCUUCUCCAUGGACCAGAAAAAGAUUGAGGCUGUCACAUCCUGGCCUCAACCCAAGACGGUCAAACAGGUCCAGGCUUUCUUGGGUUUUGUCAAUUACCUCCGCCGUUUCAUUCCCAAUUUUAGCUCUGUUGCGCGCCCCCUACAUAACCUCACAAAAAAGGAAACCCCUUGGUCAUGGGGAAACCUGGAGGAAGCUGCCUUUCAGGAACUAAAAUCCCUGGUCACUGGGUUGCCCGUCCUAAUACAUUCCAACCCCAGCCUCCCCUACUAUUUGGAAACAGACGCGUCAGGCGUAGCCAUGGGAGCCAUAUUGAGUCAGCGAGGAGAGGAUAACCGACUUCACCCAAUCGCUUAUAUGUCUAAAUCCUUCUCAGGCGCUGAAGCUAACUAUGAUACGCACGACAAGGAACUAUUAGCUGUCAUCAAGGCAUUGGAGGAAUGGCGUAUCUUCCUGGAAGCAACAGAGAGGCCCAUACAGGUGUUCACUGACCAUCGUAACCUUGAAUACUGGAUGCAGGCAAGGACAUUCAACCGCAGACACGCGCGAUGGCGUAUUUUCCUGAGCGAUUUCAAUUUUGAGAUCCAUUAUCGCCCAGGGAAACAGUCAGGAAAGCCGGAUGCCCUAUCCAGAAGAGCGGACUAUGUAGAUUCCACCCAAGAUCCAGAAGUUAUGCUACCGGCCAAGGUUUUUGCCAACACGUCAGAGGAGGAACUUGAAAUAGUCACGGAAAUCCGCUCCAAGCUUAGGGAAGACCCAUCCCUGGAACCCAUCAUCCAAUUCCUCACAGAAGACGCGGAUAAUGCUCCACCAUCGAUUCGCAAAGCUUACAGAGAUUACGACUGGGAAGAGGACCUCCUCUGGUACCGAGGAAAAUUAGUGGUUCCAGACUCGGAAAUCCUGAAGGAGCGCCUUCUACGAGAAUAUCAUGACUCACCGCUGGCAGGGCACCCAGGACAACAACGGACCCUAGAAUUGCUCAACAGGAACUACUGGUGGCCGGGAAUGAAGUCAUCGGCAAAGGAAUGGGUAGAAUGCUGCCCGGUAUGCCAAUCCAACAGAAGGGCCCACGCACCAGUCAUUGCGCUUAAACCCUUAGAAGUACCCCCGUUCCCCUUUCACACUAUCUUGUACGAUUUCAUCACUGGGUUUCCAAAAUCACAAGGCCACGAUGCUAUCCUGGUGGUAAUUGACUCAUUUUCCAAGUUUGGGCACUUCAUCCCCACGUCCAAGAAAGUUACCGCAAAAGGCCUGGCAGACCUGUUCAUCACCCAUGUGUGGAAACUUCACGGAUUACCGGUCAAAACAGUCUCCGACCGCGGAACAACCUUCACCGGCAAAUUCCUAAGGGCUCUCUACCAACGACUUGGAGUCAAACCGGCUUUUUCCUCUGCUUACCACCCCAAGUCAGACGGACAAACGGAAAGGGUAAACCAAUUCAUUGAGUUUUACCUACGCUCCUACGUAGCCGCUGAUCAUUCGGAUUGGGCCACCUGGCUACCUUUGGCUGAAUACGCAUAUAACAACGCCAAACACUCCGCCACCGGGAAAACCCCCUUUGAACUGGUAUAUGGAAGGAACCCAGUCAUGAGCCCAUCCAACGUCCCAGCUAACGUCCCAGAAGCCGAUCAUGUGGCUGACACCCUGGCAAAAGAAUGGAAAGAGGCAGAAUCCGCACUCAGGAUGACGAAGGAACGCAUGGCAGGAAUAAAAGGAACAACCCCGGAGUACUCAAUUGGCAAAAAAGUCUGGUUAGAUGGGAAAAACGUGGAGCUCAGAACAAACUCCAACAAACUGGACCCCAAGAGAUUAGGACCAUUUGAAGUCACGGAGAAGAUUUCCACCCACGCCUACCGCCUCAAGUUACCGGAUACCCUUAAGAUCCAUGACGUCUUCUACGUAGGACUAUUAUCCAAGGUCCACAAGUCCCCAAGCCAACCACUCCCGGAACGACCCCCUCCAGAAACAAUCAAGGGGGAAGAAGAAUACGAAGUGGAACGGAUCAUUGACUCCAAGAGACAACGAGGGAAAUGGUUCUAUCUGAUCAAAUGGAAGGGUUACGGUCCGGAGGAUAAUUCCUGGGAGCCAGAAGAACUCCUGGAACACAGCAAGGAGGAAAUCCAACGCUUCAACAAGGCGCGACUGAGAAAGGCUCGUGACUCCGCCAAGAGCCUUUAA